GCCAGAUGAUUUCCGCCCACACACGUGCUGUUGUCCCGGGGAGAGUUUUCCUGGCAAAGAGCUCAGGAAUGUUGGAUCUUUAUCAAGGCUUUCUCCGUCGGGGUGGGUGAGUUGGCCUCCAGUAAGCCCCGCCCCACUCGGCGGGUAGGUGCUGCCGGGUCCCAGUUGCCCGCGACUUCCUAGAGCCACCGCUGCCUCCAGCUCCGGGCCCUCGGACUCGCGCGGCGGCCACCAUGGACUGGACGCCGGAGCUGCUCUUCUACGUUAACGGCCGCAAGGUGACAGAAAAAAAUGUUGAUCCUGAAACAAUGCUGUUGCCUUAUCUGAGGAAGAAGCUCCGACUCACAGGAACCAAGUAUGGCUGUGGAGGAGGAGGCUGUGGUGCAUGUACAGUGAUGAUAUCACGAUAUAACCCCAUCACCAAGAGAAUAAGGCAUCACCCAGCCAAUGCCUGUCUGAUUCCCAUCUGUUCUCUGUAUGGUGCUGCUGUCACCACAGUAGAAGGCAUAGGAAGUACCCACACCAGAAUUCAUCCUGUUCAGGAGAGGAUCGCCAAGUGUCACGGCACGCAGUGUGGCUUCUGCACACCUGGGAUGGUGAUGUCCAUCUACACCCUGCUCAGGAACCACCCAGAGCCCACUCUGGAUCAAUUAACUGAUGCCCUUGGUGGUAACCUGUGCCGUUGCACUGGAUACAGGCCCAUAAUUGAUGCAUGCAAGACUUUCUGUAAAACUUCAGGUUGCUGUCAAAGUAAAGAAAAUGGGAUUUGCUGUUUGGAUCAAGGAAUCAAUGAAUUGCCAGAAUUUGAGGAAGGAAGUGAGACAAGUCCAAAACUCUUCACAGAAGAGGAGUUUCUGCCAUUGGAUCCAACCCAGGAACUGAUAUUUCCUCCUGAGCUAAUGAUAAUGGCUGAGAAACAGCCCCAAAGGACCAGGAUGUUCGGCGGUGAGAGAAUGGCAUGGUUUUCCCCCGUGACCCUGAAGGAACUGCUGGAAUUGAAAUUCAAGUAUCCCCAGGCCCCUGUUGUUAUGGGAAACACCUCCGUGGGGCCUGAAGUGAAAUUUAAAGGUGUCUUUCACCCAGUUAUAAUUUCUCCUGAUAGAAUUGAAGAACUGAGUGUUGUAAUCCAUGCGUCUAAUGGACUCACCCUUGGUGCUGGUCUCAGCCUAGCCCAGGUGAAGGACAUUUUGGCUGAUGUGGUCCAGAAGCUUCCAGAAGAGAAGACACAGAUGUACCAAGCUCUCAUGAAGCAUUUGAGAACUCUAGCUGGGUCCCAGAUCAGAAACAUGGCUUCUUUAGGGGGACACAUCAUUAGCAGGCAUCCAGAUUCAGAUCUGAAUCCCCUCCUGGCUGUGGGUAACUGUACCCUCAACUUGCUAUCAAAAGAAGGAAAACGACAGAUUCCUUUAAGCGAGCAUUUCCUCAGCAAGUGCCCUAAUGCAGAUAUUAAGCCUCAAGAAAUCUUGAUCUCAGUGAACAUCCCCUACUCAAGGAAGUGGGAAUUUGUGUCAGCCUUCCGACAAGCCCAGCGGCAAGAGAAUGCACUAGCAAUAGUCAAUUCGGGAAUGAGAGUCUUUUUUGGAGAAGAGGAUGGCAUUAUAAGGGAAUUAUCCAUCUCAUAUGGAGGCAUUGGUCCAACCACCAUCUGUGCCAAGAAUUCCUGCCAGAAAGUCAUUGGAAGGCACUGGAAUGAAGAAAUGCUGGAUACAGCUUGCAGGCUUGUUCUGGAUGAAGUCUCUCUUCCGGGCUCGGCUCCAGGUGGGAAGGUGGAGUUCAAGAGGACCCUCAUCAUCAGCUUCCUCUUCAAAUUCUACCUGGAAGUGUCACAGAUUUUGAAAAAAAUGAACUCAGUUCACUAUCCCAGGCUUGCAGACAAGUAUGCAAGUGCUUUAGAAGAUCUUCAUUCCAGACAUCACUGCAGUACAUUAAAGUACCAGAAAAUAGGCCCAAAGCAGCAUCCUGAAGACCCAGUUGGCCACCCCAUCAUGCAUCUGUCUGGUGUGAAGCAUGCCACAGGGGAGGCCAUCUACUGUGAUGACAUGCCUCUGGUGGACCAGGAACUUUUCUUGACUUUUGUGACUAGUUCAAGAGCUCAUGCUAAGAUUGUGUCUAUUGAUCUGUCAGAAGCUCUCAGCAUGCCCGGUGUAGUGGACAUCAUGACAGCAGAACAUCUUAGUGACGUCAAUUCCUUCUGCUUUUUCACCGAAACUGAGACAUUUCUGGCAACAGAUAAGGUGUUCUGUGUGGGUCACCUUGUCUGUGCCGUGCUUGCCGAUUCUGAGGUUCAGGCAAAGCGAGCUGCUAAGCGAGUAAAGAUUAUCUAUCAAGACUUGGAGCCACUGAUCCUAACAAUCGAGGAAGCUAUACAACACAACUCCUUCUUCAAACCAGAAAGGAAGCUGGAAUAUGGAAAUGUUGAUGAAGCAUUUAAAGUGGUUGAUCACAUUCUUGAAGGUGAAAUACAUAUGGGAGGUCAAGAACAUUUUUAUAUGGAAACCCAAAGCAUGCUUGUGGUUCCCAAAGGAGAGGAUCAAGAAAUGGAUGUCUACGUGUCCACACAGUUUCCCAAAUAUAUACAGGACAUAGUUGCCUCAACCUUGAAGCUCCCAGCUAACAAGGUCAUGUGUCAUGUAAGGCGUGUUGGUGGAGCGUUUGGAGGGAAGGUGUUCAAGACUGGAACCAUUGCAGCCGUCACUGCUUUUGCUGCAAACAAACAUGGUCGUGCAGUUCGCUGUGUUCUGGAACGAGGAGAAGACAUGUUAAUAACUGGAGGCCGCCAUCCUUACCUUGGAAAGUACAAAGCUGGAUUCAUGAAUGAUGGCAGAAUCUUGGCCCUGGACAUGGAACAUUAUAGCAAUGCAGGCGCCUCCCUGGAUGAAUCAUUACUCGUGAUAGAAAUGGGAAUUCUGAAAAUGGACAAUGCUUACAAGUUUCCCAACCUGCGCUGCCAGGCUUGGGCAUGCAGAACCAACCUUCCAUCCAACACGGCUUUUCGUGGGUUUGGAUUUCCUCAGGCAGGGCUGAUCACUGAAUCUUGUAUCACAGAAGUUGCAGCCAAAUGUGGACUAUCCCCUGAGAAGGUGCGAAUGAUAAACAUGUACAAGGAAAUUGAUCAAACACCCUACAAACAAGAGAUCAAUGCCAAGAACCUGGCCCAGUGUUGGAGAGAAUGUAUGGCCAUGUCUUCCUACUCCCAGAGAAAAGUGGUUGUGGAAAAAUUCAACGUGGAGAAUUACUGGAAGAAGAAAGGACUGGCCAUGGUCCCCUUGAAGUUUCCUGUUGGCCUUGGCUCACGCGCUGCUGGUCAGGCUACUGCCUUGGUUCACAUUUAUCUUGACGGCUCGGUGCUGGUCACUCACGGUGGAAUUGAAAUGGGGCAGGGGGUCCACACUAAAAUGAUUCAGGUAAGAAUGCAAAUAACUAGAUUGAGGUGGGUGUGUGCUUGUAGAUCUGUUCAUGAGAUAAAAACAAUGAAUGGAUAUUUUCUGUUAAAUGCCUGUCAAACUCUUCUAAAACGCCUCGAACCCAUCAUCAGCAAGAAUCCUAAAGGAACUUGGAAAGACUGGGCGCAGACUGCUUUUAAUGAAAGCAUUAGUCUUUCAGCUGUUGGAUACUUCAGGGGUUAUGAGUCAGACAUGAACUGGGAGAAAGGCGAAGGCCACCCCUUCGAAUACUUUGUUUAUGGAGCUGCCUGUUCCGAGGUGGAAAUAGACUGCCUGACGGGGGAUCAUAAGACCAUCAGAACAGACAUUGUCAUGGAUGUUGGCUGCAGUAUAAAUCCAGCCCUUGACAUCGGCCAGAUUGAAGGUGCAUUUAUUCAAGGCAUGGGACUUUAUACUAUAGAGGAACUGAAUUAUUCUCCCCAGGGCGUUCUGCACACUCGUGGUCCAGACCAAUAUAAAAUCCCUGCCAUCUGUGACAUGCCCACACAGUUGCACAUUUCUUUGUUGCCUCCCUCUCAAAACUCAAAUACUCUUUAUUCAUCUAAGGGUCUGGGAGAGUCGGGGGUCUUCCUGGGAUGCUCCGUGUUUUUCGCUAUCCAUGAUGCGGUGAGUGCAGCGCGACGGGAAAGAGGACUACGUGGACCCUUGAGGCUUAAUAGUCCACUGACCCCGGAGAAGAUUAGGAUGGCCUGUGAAGACAAGUUCACAAAAAUGAUUCCAAGAGAUGAACCUGGAUCCUAUGUUCCUUGGAAUGUACCCAUCUAAAUCAAAUGCAAACUUCUGGAGAAAAUGGCGUGCCUCUUCCCAGAUGGCAAUCUGUCCUAUCUCUGCUCAAAGAUGUUAGAUCUGAAGGACAGAAUUUCCGCAGUUCAGAAAUCAUCCACAGUGUUGCUUUUCUAUGGAGGUGAUUCAGGGUAUUCCAUUUAGAUUUGAUAGAUAUGCUUAAGCAAUCUAUAAAUCAUUUUCAAUGUUAUAAACACUAAUUGGUUUCCUCUAGGGUGAUAUUCACCAUUACUUCAAUCCAUCCAGCUAAAUGGAAUAGAUGAUGACUUGCAUGUGACUCAUACUUGGCUUAUAUCCACCAACAGAAAUUAUACUACCUAGUGAAAGGCAAUUUUCUAAAUAAUUUCAUCACUAGUAGGAACUGUGAAGUUGUCACUUUUUCUUUUGUUCCUUUCUGCUAUCACCUUCCUCUUGUCAGAGUGAAUACAGACACUGUAUCUAAGUGGGACCAAAGAAAAAAAUAGCAAACUUUUACCAAAGUUUUCAUGGAAACUAAAAAACUUUAAAGAUUACUAUCAAGAAAUUAAAAGAAAACCCACAGAAUAGGAUGAAAUAUUUGUAAAUCAUGUAUUUGAUAAAGGUCUUGUAACCAGAUAAAUGAAGAGCUCUUACAACUCAACAAUAAAAAGGCAAGUAAUUUAAAAAUAGGGAAAGAAUUGCUGGAUGGUAUGGUAGUUCUUUUUACCCUAAAUACCCUGACUUGAUCAUUUAACAUUCUAUGCAUGUAACAAAAUAUCACGUGUACUCCAUAAAUAUGCAUAAAGUAUCAAUAAAAUUUUUAAUGG